UACAUCAUCAUCAUCAUUCAUCAACAACCCUCAAACUAACCCCCUCUCUCUCCCCUCUAUAUAUUCCAACCAAGUCCUCCAUUUUCCCUCUCCAAACAAUCCCAAUUCCCAUUCCAACAAUCUCAUAGUCCCAAUUCUAAUUCCCAACUAAAUGGGUGAGAAAGAUGUAGCGAAAAGUGCGCCGGAGGAGAAAAAGCCCGACGCGGCCGCCGCAGGCGCCGGCAAGAAAGACGACGGACCAAUGACCAUCGUCUUGAAGGUCGACCUGCAUUGCGAAGGCUGUGCCAAGAAAGUCAAACGCGCUGUUCGUAAUUUUGAUGGUGUGGAAGAUGUGAAGGCGGACAUUGCGAGCCACAAAUUGACGGUGACGGGGAAGGUGGACCCAGCGAAGGUUAGAGAGAGAGUGGAAGAGAAGACUCAUAAGAAGGUGGAGCUUCUCUCUCCUCAGCCCAAAAAGGACCGCGGGGCCGGCGGCGGAGAUAAGAAGUCUGACGAGAAAUCGGAGAAGAAGCCCGAAGAAAAGAAGGCGGACGAUAAGAAACCUAAGGAGCCUCCGGUGAGUACAGUGGUUUUGAAGAUUCGUUUGCAUUGUGAAGGAUGCAUGCAAAAAAUAAAACGAAUAAUUUCAAAGAUCAAAGGGGUAACCACGGUGACAAUAGAUGGGGCGAAGGAUUUGGUUACGGUGAUAGGGACAAUGGAUGUGAAGGCCCUUGCGCCAUACUUGAAAGAAAAAUUAAGGAGAAGCGUGGAGGUUGUAUCACCACCAAAGAAAGAGGAAGCCGGUGGAGAAAAGAAAGAUAAAGAAGGCGGGGGAGACAAAAAACAAAAAGAUGGCGAUGGUAGUGAGAAGAAAGAGGGUGGUGGCGGUGAGAAAAAAGAUGGUGGCGAGAAAAAAGAUGGUGAUGAGUCAAAAGCGACUAGCAGCGGCGGAGAUGGAAAAAAGAGUGAUGAGCCGAAGGUCGAGCUAAACAAAAUGGAGUACUCUGGACACACUCCAUCUUCAUAUUACACUGUACCAGUGCCUAAUCAGGGAUAUGUGAAUCAAGGUUACGGUAUGCCUGAUUAUAAUCAAGGCUACAUUAAUCCAUAUUACAAUCAAGAUUAUUCCAAUCACGGUUAUGUUAUGGACUAUUCUUACGCACCUCCUCCUCCUCCUCCUCCUCUGCCUCCGCCGUCUUACAUGCAUGCACCUCAAAUGUUCAGUGACGAGAAUCCUAAUGCAUGUUCUGUCAUGUAAUACAAAUGACAAAUGGAUCUCAAAUAUUUCAUAACGAGAACCCGAACGCAUUUUCUCGGUCAUGCAAGAUAAAUGACAAAAUGCGACGUGGAUGUUACGGGUUCUAAAUUGUAAAUAAAAUAUAAAAGGAGACUAUAUAAGUAUAUAUAGAAGAAGAUAUAAAUAGAGAAUGUAAAAUUACAACUUUCCUUUGGGGAAAUGUCAUAUAGGUUAGAAUAGACGGUUUGGUUGCCGGCUGGGCGGUUUUGAACCGUUUGAUUUGGUGGUAGGUUGGAGGUUUAGAUAUUGUUUCACUUGUUUGUAUUUACAUGGUUAUAAAUUGAAUUUUGUGGUAUUUAUUAAUGUAUAAAUACACAAAAUUAAUGUUGAGCGAUGCAUUCAAAUGAAGCCAUUUGGCGUGCUUUUUUGUGUUAGUACCUAA